AUGUUUCCCGAUAAUCUCACCUCCAGCGGCAACAUCUCCGGGUUUAUGGUGGUGAAAGAUGCAUCCGCAGCGCUUCUCUCGCCAUGGACGACAUUCGACAAGGUCUACAAGUCGGUUAUGGGCUACCCUGCCAGCGAUUUCGAAUUCGUUUACGGACAGACACCGCUCUCGACUUUCACUGAAGCCAUGACUCUGGUGGUGCUGUAUCUCGUCGUCGUUUUUGGCGGCCGGGAGGUGAUGCGCAACCGCAAACCGCUGGAGCUGGACACGCUCUUCAAAAUCCACAACUUUUUCCUGUCUCUCCUCAGCGGAGCUCUACUGGUUCUUUUCGUCGAACAGAUCGCACCAAGCCUGUGGCAGAAGGGCAUCUACGAAUGCAUCUGCGGACCAACAGGCUGGACACAACAAUUGGUCGUUCUCUACUACAUCAAUUACCUCACAAAGUACUACGAGCUCAUCGAUACCGUCUUCUUAAUGCUCAAGAAGAAACCUCUUACCUUCCUCCACUGCUACCACCACCCGGCCACCGCCCUCCUCUGCUUCAGCCAGUUGAUCGGAGGCACCCCGCUAUCCUGGGUGCCCAUCACGCUCAACCUGACGGUACACGUUGUCAUGUAUUGGUAUUACUUCCAGACCGCGCGGGGCGUCAAGGUGUGGUGGAAGCAGUGGAUCACCGUCUUGCAGAUUACCCAGUUCGUGUUGGACCUUGGUUUCGUCUAUUUUGGCUUCUACGACGUCUUCGCAGACACGUACUUCAAGGAGAUUCUCCCCCACGUCGGCCGGUGCGGCGGCGAGUUCUACUCAGCCGUGACCGGCGGCGCCAUCCUGACGUCGUACUUGAUUCUCUUCAUCAUGUUCUACAUUUCAACUUACAAGAAGGGCGGUCGCAGCAAGGCGGCCGCACCUGCGUCGAAAAAGUCCAACCCGGCCGCCGUCUUCAACGAAAAGCAGACUUUGGCGGCGGCAGUGACCUUGGGAGGUAAAAACGCCACGGUUGAGCUCGAGACCUGA